AUGGACUCCACAGAGAGUUGGAUUGAACGAUGUCUCAAUGAAAGUGAAAACAAACGUUAUUCCAGUCACACCUCUCUGGGGAAUGUUUCUAAUGAUGAAAAUGAGGAAAAAGAAAAUAAUAGAGCAUCGAAACCACACUCAACUCCAGCUACCCUGCAAUGGCUGGAGGAGAACUAUGAGAUUGCAGAAGGUGUUUGCAUUCCUCGAAGUGCUCUCUACAUGCAUUACUUGGACUUCUGUGAGAAAAAUGACACGCAACCUGUUAAUGCCGCCAGCUUUGGGAAGAUAAUAAGGCAACAGUUUCCACAGCUAACGACAAGGAGACUUGGAACCAGAGGCCAAUCAAAGUACCACUAUUAUGGAAUUGCAGUGAAAGAAAACUCCCAGUAUUAUGAUGUGAUGUAUUCUAAAAAAGGAGCAGCCUGGGUCAACGAAACGGGAAAAAAAGAAGUAACCAAACAGACAGUGGCGUAUUCACCACGAUCCAAACUGGGAACAUUACUGCCAGAGUUUCCAAAUGUCAAAGAUCUAAAUCUGCCAGCCAGUCUGCCAGAGGAGAAGGUUUCUACCUUUAUUAUGAUGUAUAGAACUCACUGUCAGAGGAUACUAGACACCGUAAUAAGAGCAAACUUUGAUGAGGUUCAAAGUUUUCUUCUGCACUUUUGGCAAGGGAUGCCUCCUCAUAUGCUGCCUGUAUUGGGUUCUUCAACUGUAGUGAAUAUAGUGGGAGUUUGUGACUCGAUUCUGUACAAAGCAAUUUCUGGAGUUUUGAUGCCAACGGUACUGCAAGCAUUACCCGACAGUUUGACGCAGGUGAUCCGAAAGUUUGCAAAGCAACUGGAUGAGUGGCUGAAAGUAGCUCUUCAUGACUUGCCAGAAAACCUACGAAAUAUCAAAUUUGAAUUGUCCAGAAGAUUCUCACAAAUACUCCGGCGACAGACGUCACUAAAUCAUCUCUGCCAAGCAUCAAGAACAGUGAUCCACAGUGCAGACAUCACGUUUCAAAUGCUGGAAGACUGGAGGAACGUGGAUCUGAACAGCAUUACCAAACAAACCCUCUAUACUAUGGAAGACUCACGGGAGGAACACAGAAAACUCAUCAUACAAUUGUAUCAGGAGUUUGAUCACCUUCUGGAGGAGCAGUCCCCCAUUGAGUCGUACAUUGAGUGGCUGGAUUCCAUGGUGGACAGAUGUGUUGUAAAGGUAGCUGCCAAGAGACAAGGCUCUUUGAAGAAAGUAGCUCAGCAGUUCCUCCUGAUGUGGUCCUGUUUUGGCACUCGAGUGAUUCGGGACAUGACUUUGCACAGUGCACCCAGCUUUGGGUCUUUUCACCUUAUUCACUUGAUGUUUGAUGACUACGUAUUGUACCUGCUAGAAUCACUCCAUUGUCAGGAGAGAGCUAAUGAGCUAAUGAGGGCAAUGAAAGGAGAAGGAAGCACAGCAGAAAUACGAGAAGAAAUUAUUCUGAGUGAACCAGCUCCUCCAACUCCCUCCCCCGUGCCGUUCUCCCCAGCUAAAUCUGUCACCUCUGUGGAAGUGCCCUCUGCCCCCUCGCCUGUCAGCAAUCAGUCCCCAGAGUAUGGUGGCAUAGCAGCUACAACAGGGGCUAUGCAAUCCUAUACGUGGUCACUAACCUACACUGUGACAACAGCUGCUGGGUCGCCUGCUGAAAACACCCAACAGCUGCCCUGCAUGAGAAGUCCACACGUACCAUCGUCAUCUGUCACACACCGGAUACCUGUUUAUCCCCACCGAGAAGAACACGGGUACACAGGAAGUUACAACUAUGGUAGCUAUAGCAACCAGCAUCCCCAUCCAAUGCAGAGUCAAUAUCCAUCUUUACCGCAUGAUACUGCUAUUUCUGGACCACUUCAUUACUCGGCUUACCACAGAAGCUCUUCACAGUACCCUUUCAACAGCCCAACAUCAAGGAUGGAGCCCUGUUUGAUGAGCAGUACUCCGAGGCUGCAUCCCACACCAGUGACUCCUCGCUGGCCAGAGGUGCCGGCCGCGAACUCCUGCUACACGAGCCCAUCCAUGCACUCCACGAGAUACGGAAAUUCUAGUGACAUGUACACCCCCUUGACUACGCGCAGAAAUUCUGAAUAUGAGCACAUGCAACACUUUCCCGGCUUUGCCUACAUCAAUGGGGAAGCCACCACAGGUUGGGCUAAAUGA